ACAAACCGGGCUAACCCGUCUGCAACCCGACCCGGAAAGUUGUAACUUUUUUUUCACCCUAAAACGAAAGACCCUUCUCUAGCACGUCGGAGUUGGGAAGAUCAAGAUCUGCAGACAUGGCGGACGAAGCAACCAGAGCUGCUUUUAUGGAGAUUCAAGCAAGUAUGAUUGAACUCACUGGGAAGCUUAAACAGGUGCAGAAUCAGAUGCGCAACAAAGAGGGAGAUAGAAAGCGAGCUUUCUUAACCUUGGAGGAGCUGAGGCCAUUGCCUGAGGAUACAAACACCUACAAGUCAAUAGGAAGAACGUUUGUUCUAGAGCCCAAGACAGUGCUGGAGGGUGAACAAGAGCAAAAACUCAAGGACAGUGAGGCUGCUGUUGCUUCUCUACAGACAUCGAAGGAAUACUUGGAGAAGCAGACAGCAGAGGUGGAGAACAACUUGAGGGAGCUGUUGCAGCAAGAACCGGGCAUUGCUCAACAGAUAAUGUCCAUGUCUAUGUAAUUUUUGUAUUAUCCAAACCUGAACAAAAAAGUACACUCAACUCUGAGUUUUGUUCUGCUUUAUUAGAGCUUUUGGGAUUGAAACCAUAAGAUGUUCUGUUUCUGAAGUUUGUAACAUUCACAAGUAUUUGUCCGAUCAGAAUUAAAUUAAA